AUGGCACCGCAGAGCAACCUAGAAACUUUCUUGGGUGGAUUUGCAAAGAUCUUAGGUGAACAAUGGCAAGUCGAUCUACUGCUCAAGGCAGGGGACACUAAAGAGGGUGAAGCUAUCUCCGCCCACAAACUUGUUAUGGCAGCAAGAUCAGAGGUGAUUAAGAAGAUUCUUGAAUUCGACAAGUUCAAGGCUUCGGAUGGGAAGAUCGAGACAGUAACUCUCUCUGAGCUUAAACAAGAAGAAUUGGAGGCUUUAGUUGAGUUCAUCUACAACAACCGAUCCAUGCUUUCUGAAAAAGAGAAGAAGCAUGUUCAAUCACUUUAUAAAGCAGCAGACAAAUAUGAGAUUCCGCAUUUGCGGGAUCUAUGUAGAAACGAGCUUAUUGCAUCUCUUAACUCAUCGAAUGUUUUUAACAUCUUCGAGUUGUCCGUUAUUCCUAUCGACAGUACCCUGUACGACUAUGCUGUCAAAUUUAUCAUAAGGAAUUUGAGGACGAUGUGUGACUCUGCUGAGUUUAAGGUUUUUGUGAGCAGGAAUCCAGAUCUUUCCGUUGAGAUAAUGAAGGCUUCUAUGACUCGGAGGUGGAAUGGUCAGUUUUGUGAUGCAGCUUUCGUUUCAUUUGGAUAAACUAA